AUGAUUAACAAAUAUCAUGCAAGUUCGAUCGAAUAUCGACACGCCCAUACGAAUCAGCUGUUUUAUGUAGAUUGAGUAUAAAAGUGUGAAUAAUUUUUAACGAGGUAUCACUUGAAGAUCAUCAUUCAAAGUAUCAGUCAACAAUGGCAGCUAAAAUCGUAGUUCUUUUCGCCGCUUUGGCUUACGCUAAUGCUGGAUAUUUGGGACUCCCAGCGGCAGUUUCGACUUACUCUGCUCCAGCUCUAUCUUAUGCCGCCCCAGCAGUAACAGCAGUUCAUGCUGCUCCAGUAGCUUCUUCAUACUCGUACACAAACAAAAUCCAAUCAGCACCUGUUGCAUAUGCUGCCCCUGCUAUCUCAUACGCCGCCCCAGCUGUAGCUGCCGUUCAUGCCGCUCCAGUAGCCAUCGCUAAGACCCUUCCAGCAGCCACUUCUUACUCUUACACCAACAGAAUUUCACAAUCUGCCUAUGCUGCCCCAGUUGCCACCUACGCUGCUGCUGCUCCAGUAAUCAAAUCUUAUGCUACCUCCUAUGCCGCUGCUCCAGCAAUCUCAUACUCUGCUCCAGCAAUCUCAUACUCUGCUCCAGCAAUCUCAUACUCUGCUCCAGUAGCCAGCUAUUCUGCUAUCCAUGCUGCCCCAGUUGCCACCUACGCCGCCGCUGCUCCAGUUGUCAGGGCCCAAGGUGUGUCAGUCCACCCAUCUUCAGCCCUUUCUUAUGCUGGCCCAGCACUCACCUCCUACGCUGCCCCAGCUAUCACAUCCUACGCUGCUCCAGCUAUCACCUCCUACGCUGCUCCAUCUUUCACCUCCUACGCUUCCCCAGCUAUCACUUCCUAUGCUGCUCCAGCUUUGGCUUAUUCCCAGAAACUCCAUCUUUAAAUUUCCGACUGAAGACAAAUAUGUGGUUCAUCAAAUUGAUGACCGUGAUACCUUAUUAUUUUUUUUAUGUAAAUAACUUAAAAUAAAUCGAAAAAUAA